AGGUUCCAGCAUGGAAGCUUGACGGGGCCGCCAUGGUGCCGCGAACGGAAGCAGUGCGCCCGAAGCGACGGCAUGGAGUGCUGGUGAUCGCAUGCUGCUUGCCUUCGCUGUGUUUCGUGCCCUCCCUUGGGAAAGGCCGCAGCGAACAACGUUUGUUUCUGCGCUCGCAGAUGGAACAAAGGCAAGUGGAGACGGAAGAAAUCUCCGAGUCAAACGUCUCCCAAACGGUCAGUCCAGAGCCCAGUAAGCCAUCGUCAGAGGAGGUGGGCAUUUGGACGUACAUCUUUGGAAAACCUGGGGAAUUUCGGAGAGACCUCAGUUUGGUUGGCACCUCGCCGGAGAGGAUCAUCAUCACCAAUUUCUUUGCAAUUCUCAUAGGCCUUGCCAGCAACCUUUGGGGGCAGACCGAAUUUCUCUUCCGCGUCUUCCCAACCAUUGGAGAAAAGGCUCGGGAGGUUCAUUUGGACUCCCUCUAUGCGGUGGAUGGGCUGAAAACUGCCUAUGAGGAGCAAUAUCAGGCACGAUAUCCGAGUACCUGGCUCCUAGAUCAAAGAGUAGCUCUGCUGAAAGCUCGGCAAAGCAGCCCCGAUGACCUUCUGGGUGUGUCAACGCGCCGGCGCGCGGCAGUAGAAGGCGUCGCCCCAGACAAUGCCUGGGGUCCUCCCGGUGGUGGUGAUCGGAACCUCAAGAAGCGGGAGAACCUGUCGGUGGUGAAACAAACCCUGCCGCCCAAGUCGCAGGCGAGCCGAGAGCCACAAGAGAUCAGCGAGAUCCUUGGUGAGCCACAAGCCUCCCUGGAGCGUUUGUUACGCGAAAGCAUCGCACCCGAGGGUUCAAAAAAAGAAGUGGAGGCCAUAUCUGCGGAGAAGAUUCAGAAGGGUGGAAACACCUAUUACGAAUAUCAAUGGAAGACCACUUUCCCAUCAGGUGUAGCGCUUCGAAGUUACAGCAGCUGCAGCUUGGGGCUUCCGGAUGCCAAUGGCAAUCGGAAUCUCUUCACUCUGACGCUGGUGAUACCUGAGGAGGACGCUGAAGCCCUGACAGGCACGGCCCAGUUGGCGCCUGCCAUCAUCCAGGGCUUCCAAGUGGGAGCCCCCUAGGCCGUGAUGGCCGCUUCGCUUUGAAA